UUGAUUGAGUUUCUCCCAACCAUUUACAUAUACAGCAGCUAUUAUUAUUGUCUGUAGAGUUCGAGAAACAGUGCUUCUCUUCCAUGCAGCGCCGCUCUUUGCCUCUUCCCGUUUCUCACCACGCGUCUUUCAUAAGCACCGCCCAAAUUUCUACUCUUCUUGAAGAUAUAUAGUUGUGUUCAUCUAUUGAAGUCUUUCUAAGAACAGGGUAUUACUUGCAUUUGGAGCAGAAUGGCGGAUUCUUCUGCUCUGUUUUUACCGUUUGUUCUUGUGCUCUGUUUUUUUGUGUGCUCUGUUCAGUGCGAUGGGAAUUUGGAUGGUGGGUCGAGUUUAAAUGUGCUUUUGGAAAUUAGGAAGUCGUUCGUUGAUGACCCUGAAAAUGUUUUGGAGGAUUGGUCUGAGGGUAAUCCCAAUUUCUGUAACUGGAGAGGGGUUUCUUGUGGGUCUAACUUGGCAGAUAGCUCGGUUCAAGUGGUGGGACUUAACCUUUCUGACUCGUCACUCGGUGGGUCUAUUUCACCAGCACUCGGUAGGUUACAGAACCUGCUCCACCUUGAUCUUUCCAGCAACGGUUUAAUGGGUCCCAUUCCAACAAACCUCUCGCAACUCCAUUCGUUGGAAUCUUUGCUUCUUUUCUCUAACCAACUCAGUGGGCCGAUUCCAACUGAGCUGGGCUCGAUGACGAGUUUACGAGUUAUGCGAAUCGGUAACAACGGACUUACUGGUCCCAUUCCUUCUUCAUUUGGAAAUCUUGUGAAUUUGGUUACUCUUGGUUUGGCCUCGUGUAGUCUUAGCGGUUUGAUACCUCCCGAACUCGGACGACUCGGCCGAGUUGAGGAUUUGGUUCUGCAGCAAAAUCAACUUGAGGGUCCGAUUCCGGGCGAGCUUGGAAAUUGUUCGAGCCUUGUUGUCUUCACUGCUGCUGGCAACGGUCUCAAUGGAUCGAUACCGAAGCAAUUGGGUCGUCUCGAGAAUCUCCAAAUUCUGAACCUCGCUAAUAAUACUCUCUCCGGUGAGAUUCCGGUGGAGCUUGGGGAUCUCGGUCAGCUUGUGUACUUGAAUCUAAUGGGAAACCAACUCGAGGGUUCAAUUCCAGUAUCACUUACUGAAUUGGGUAAUCUUCAGAAUCUUGAUUUAUCUAUGAACAACCUCUCAGGAGGAAUUCCAGAGGAGUUGGGCAAUAUGGGAAGCUUGGAGUUCUUGGUUCUGUCGAACAAUCUUCUUUCUGGUGUCAUCCCAAGAAAGUUGUGUUCUAAUGCUUCCAGUUUGCAGCACUUGUUGCUAUCUCAGAUACAAAUAUCCGGCGAGAUUCCGGUGGAGUUGAUACAAUGCAGAUCGCUGACGCAGAUUGAUUUGUCUAACAAUACACUGAAUGGGUCGAUUCCUAAUGAGUUUUAUGAAUUAAGGAGCUUGACUGAUAUCCUCCUUCAUAACAACAGCUUAGUGGGUUCAAUUUCACCGUCGAUUGCAAACUUGAGCAAUUUGAAGACUCUUGCUCUGUAUCAUAACAAUCUGCAGGGUGAUCUCCCGCGUGAGAUUGGAAUGCUUGGGGAACUUGAAAUUUUGUACCUCUACGACAAUCAGCUUUCAGGGAAAAUUCCUUUCGAGUUGGGGAAUUGUUCAAAGUUGCAGAUGAUUGAUUUCUUUGGGAAUCGGUUCAGUGGAGAAAUUCCGGUGAGCAUUGGAAGAUUGAAGGAACUGAAUUUCAUUCAUCUCAGGCAAAACGGACUCGUGGGUAAAAUUCCCGCCACUUUGGGCAACUGCCAUAAACUUACUAUAUUGGAUUUGGCUGACAAUCGUCUUUCUGGUGGGAUUCCUUCAACAUUUGGUUUUCUUAGAGCUCUGGAGCAGCUUAUGCUUUACAACAAUUCUCUUGAAGGUAAUCUUCCUCGUUCAUUAAUCAAUUUAGCAAACCUUACAAGAAUAAAUCUAUCCAAAAACAGGUUGAAUGGGAGCAUUGCUCCACUGUGUGCUUCCCCAUUUUUUCUUUCGUUCGACCUUACAAACAAUGCGUUGGACGGCGAAAUUCCUUCCCAACUGGGAAACUCUUCCUCCCUUGAGAGGCUGAGAUUAGGGAACAAUCAAUUCUCCGGUGAAAUCCCACCAGCAUUGGGGAAGAUUCGUGAACUAUCAUUGCUGGAUUUAUCUGGGAACUCUCUUACAGGGUCUAUUCCAACCGAGCUUUCAUUAUGUAGGAAACUGACUCAUCUGGAUCUUAACAAUAACCUUCUUUCUGGAAUUUUACCAAUGUGGCUAGGUAGAUUGCCUCAAUUAGGAGAGAUUAAGCUCUCUUUCAAUCAGUUCACUGGUCCAUUACCUUUAGAGCUAUUCAAUUGUUCCAAACUGAUUGUGCUAUCUCUUAAUGGAAAUCUACUUGAUGGAACAUUGCCUAUGGAAAUUGGUAACCUGAAAUCACUUAACAUUCUCAACCUUGAUGAUAACCAGUUUUCGGGUCCCAUUCCUUCAGAUAUUGGUAAGCUAAGCAAAUUAUUUGAGCUUCACAUGUCGAGAAACGGUUUAGAUGGGGAAAUACCAUCUGAGAUUUCCCAACUACAGAAUCUUCAGAGUGUAUUGGACCUCAGUUACAAUAAUCUGACUGGUGAAAUUCCAUCCUCUAUUGCUCUGCUGUCUAAACUAGAAGCACUUGAUCUAUCUCACAAUGAACUGACCGGAGAAGUCCCUGCAGAUAUUAGUAAGAUGAGUAGCUUAGGCAAGCUGAACCUAGCUUACAACAAACUAGAAGGAAAACUGGACAAGGAAUUCUCACAUUGGCCAGUUAGUGUAUUCCAAGGAAACCUUCAGCUUUGUGGAGGCCCUCUUGACCGUUGUAAUGAAGCUUCUUCGAGCGAGUCAUCGAGUCUGAGCGAAGCAGCUGUAAUAGCCAUAUCUGCAGUUUCGACUUUGGCAGGAAUGGCAAUUCUAGUGCUUACUGUUACCCUUCUCUAUAAACACAAACUAGAAACCUUCAAAAGAUGGGGUGAAGUGAACUGCAUUUAUUCAUCUAGUUCUUCCCAAGCACAGAGAAGACCUCUUUUCCAUAAUCCUGGUGGAAAUCGAGAUUUCCAAUGGGAAGAAAUCAUGGAGGUCACAAACAAUUUAAGUGAUGAUUUCAUUAUCGGCUCAGGUGGCUCGGGAACAAUCUAUCGAGCUGAAUUGCUAACCGGUGAAACUGUUGCCGUAAAGAAGAUAUCGUGCAAGGAUGAUCUUUUAUCAAAUAGAAGCUUCAUAAGAGAGAUGAAGACACUAGGAAGGAUAAAGCACAGGCAUCUAGUGAAACUGCUUGGAUAUUGCAUCAACAGAGGAGAUGGCUCAAAUCUUUUGAUCUAUGACUACAUGGAGAAUGGAAGUGUUUGGGAUUGGUUGCACCAACAACCAAUCAAUGGGAAGAAGAAAAAGAAGCUUGAUUGGGAUGCAAGAUUCAGGAUUGCUGUUGGAUUGGCUCAGGGAUUGGAAUAUCUCCACCAUGAUUGUUUGCCCAAGUUUAUCCAUAGGGACAUCAAAUCAAGCAACAUCCUUCUUGAUUCCAAUAUGGAGGCACAUUUAGGGGAUUUUGGUCUAGCAAAAGCUCUCGUCGAGAGUUACGACACUGACACUGAAUCGAAAACAUGGUUUGCCGGUUCUUAUGGCUACAUAGCUCCAGAGUAUGCUUAUUCUCUGAAGGCAACAGAAAAGAGUGAUGUUUACAGUAUGGGAAUUGUACUGAUGGAGCUCAUAAGUGGGAAAAUGCCUACUGAUGAAGCUUUUGGUGUGGAUAUGGACAUGGUAAGAUGGGUAGAAACACAGAUUGAAAUGCAAUGUUUAGCUGAUAGGGAGAAGUUGAUAGAUCCUUGUUUGAAGCCGCUAUCGCCUGAUGAAGAAUCUGCAGCAUUUCAAGUUCUUGAGAUAGCUUUGCUAUGCACUAAAACUGCCCCACAAGAAAGGCCAGCAUCAAGGCAAGUUUGUGAUCAGCUCCUGCAUGUUUAUAAUCCUAGAACAGUUUGUUAUGAGAAGAUGAAGACAGAUCCAUAUUCUUGAGAAGUAGGUUAAUGGGUCAAAAAUCAGUUUGAUAUCAGAGCAAUGAUUUUUCUUUUUUGUUAUAAGAAAGAAAUUUAUGAUAUCUUUAA